UAUAAAUUCAAAUAUAUUUUAAAAUUUUAUACCAAUUCCAUUUGAUUUUCAAUAUUUUAUACCUUAUUUUAAUAGUCUUAAAUGUUUAGCUAAAAUACUAGCAGAUUUUUUUAUAUGCGUUAAACUUAAACAUAUAAUUAAUAAGAAAUUUGGUAAUGUUAUUUAAAAUUGAAGUAUUAUUUACAAAAAUCGGAAGCUAUCUGUGCUGAAUCACUGAAAAUUGAUAAAAUUAGACUAAUUAUAAAUAUAUGUACUUAUCUACAUUAUCUAGUUAACCAGUAUGAUUCCAUAUUUAAAUUUUAUAUAUUAUAUUAACGAAUAAAAAUAAUUACGCUGUGAUAAAACAAUUUUUGGUUUUCUACACAAGUAAUUUAUUGGAUCAAUUGUAAAAAUAUAUAAAAUCUGAUAAAUGAAUACGAAUUAAAACCUUACAAUGGAAUCCACAAUAUUAUCUACUCGAAUAUUUGUUAAUAGUUCAUAUUUACAAAAAUCAAUUGGUAAGCCAGUUGCAUUAAUUGGUUUUGUUAAAAAGAUUAAUUCUGAUAGUACAUCAAUUACAAUACAAACAACUGAUGAUCAAUCAGUAAUAGUUAAUUUUCAUGAACCUAUUGAUAGUUAUGUUGAUGGAUGGUUAGAAAUACAUGGUUUUUUUCAAGACAAAGGAACAGUAAAUGGAGAUGCAUACUUUAAUUUACCAUCAUCAAUUACUAAUGAUUUUGUUUAUUUAGAAUAUUUACAGUUGUAUACAUGUCUUCAUUUUUAUGCUGACAUUACGCAAUUAGCUUGAAACAUCAGCACACAAUUGAUAGAAUGGAUACAGCUCUAAUUAUUCUUAAUUUGUUUAUUCAAUAGAAUUUUUUUGCGGAAUUUAAUGUACAUUUUUAUUGUUUCAAAAAUUAAAAAAAAAAUUGUAAUAUGUAUGUUUUACU